AUGGCUGCCGCCCUAGGCAUUCAGGGCAAUUUUGGAAAUGCCGCAUUCAAGGCGAAGGCGCGGCGGAGACUCAAACUAACGCCUUCCCAGGACAAAGAGAAGCCUAUGGCUGUGCGGACGGCCAAUAUCAUGGCUGCUCGUGCUGUAGCCGAUGCUAUCAGAACGUCCCUUGGCCCCCGGGGUAUGGACAAAAUGAUCCAGUCAGGCAAAGGCGAAAACUUGAUCACCAACGAUGGCAAUACCAUGUUGAAGAGCAUGAGCGUCCUGCAUCCUGCUGCAAAGAUGCUGGUUGAUCUGAGUGCGGCUCAGGAUGUUGAGGCUGGGGAUGGGACCACAUCUGUCGUCGUUAUCGCAGGAAGUCUGCUUGGUGCUGCAGACCGGUUACUAAGUAAAGGCAUCCAUCCCACAAUCAUUUCCGAGGCCUUUCAACGUGCAUCAAAGGCUGCCGUCAACAUAUUACAGCAAAUGUCUCAACCUAUCUCUUUGACCGACCGUACAACCCUUUUGCAAGCCGCUUCCACUUCACUGUCUUCCAAAAUUGUCUCGCAACACUCGGGUUUACUAGGUCCCAUGGCCGUGGACGCGGUUUUAAAGACGAUCGAUCCGAAGACUGCCGAGAACGUUGACCUGAGAAAUAUCCGCAUUGUCAAGAAAGUUGGAGGUACUAUUGACGAUUCGGAAAUGAUCGAUGGUCUGGUUCUCAAUCAGCCUGUGAUCAAGAGCAGCGGCGGUCCUACUCGAAUAGAAAAAGCCCGCAUCGCCCUCAUUCAGUUCCAGCUGAGUCCGCCCAAGCCUGAUAUGGAGAACCAGAUUGUUGUCAAUGACUACAGACAAAUGGACAAGAUCCUUAAAGAAGAGCGAACAUAUCUCCUCAAUAUGGUCAAGAAAAUCCAAAAGGCCAAAUGCAAUGUCCUCCUAAUUCAAAAGUCCAUUCUGAGGGACGCAGUCAACGAUCUGUCGCUACAUUUCUUGUCAAGAUUAAAAAUACUGGCUAUCAAGGACAUCGAGCGCGACGAAGUCGAGUUCCUGUGCAAGAGCACCGGUUGCAAGCCAAUUGCCAAUGUUGACACCUUUACUGAAGACAAGCUCGGAAGUGCGGACUUGGUUGAAGAAAUCACCUCAUCCGGUGCAAGAUACGUCAAAAUCACUGGUAUCAGAACAGCAUCCCUCCAAAACCAAACGGUAUCUAUCGUCGCAAGAGGCGCCAAUACCCUCGUGCUAGAUGAGGCAGAGCGUUCACUUCACGACGCCCUAUGUGUCAUCCGCUGUUUGGUCAAGAAGAAGGCUCUGAUUGCCGGUGGUGGUGCCCCCGAAAUUGAGGUUGCCCAGCAGCUUGCUAAGAAGGCCCGAGAGUUGACAGGCACAGAAGCCAUCUGCUGGAAAGCCUUUGCUGAUGCAAUGGAAGUGAUUCCAACCACUUUGGCAGAGAAUGCGGGCUUGAACAGCAUCAAGGUGGUGACAGAGCUCAGGCACCGACAUGAUCAGGGAGAGAAGAACGCCGGUGUUAGCAUACGCAGUGGAGGCGUCAAGACCAACAUUGCGGACGAGAAAGUCCUGCAGCCCUUACUUGUCAGCACCAGUGCAAUUGAACUGGCAGCAGAAACGGUCAAGAUGAUCUUACGGAUUGAUGAUAUCGCGUUGUCACGGUAG